AUGGAACAACCAUCAAUCACUGCUACUGCUUCUCAAUCCGUUGACUAUCUUGGACACACUCAUGACUGGUCUGACACUGAUAUUAUUACCUCAUACAAAGAAAUUUGUCGACAACUCGAUACCUGUCGUGAAAAAAUUCGUCAAGAAAAACCACAACAACCAAAGAGUUCUCGUCCUUCUGUUGGUCUUCAACAACGCUCUUCAGGUAAACCUAUCGGUAACAUUAGCAAACAACUUCAACAACAAAAACAUGAGUCUGCCCUUCGUGCUGAAGAAAAACGUUUGAUUCGUAUGAAGAAUGCUCUUUGGAGACGUAUGGGUCAAAGCACAAUUGUAUUCCGUUUCACAAACUUUGUAACUUGGGCUGAAAAAAAAAUUUGGGGAUGGCGCGCAAAUGAUAUGAUUUCCAUAAAACCUGUCAAUUUUGUUAUUGUAUCCUAUUUUUGGCAUCUUAAACUUGGAUCCGUGUAA